AUGUCUGUAGAGGAUGAGGGGAACGAGCUGCUUUCCCUUCUUCAGAAUUGCGAGAUCGGAAUGUCGUGGCAGCAGCGUUCGGAAGCAUGCCGCGCUCUGCUCCGUCUGAUCGAGAGCCAGCGUGUGAGAGAUGUCGACAAACUCCCGCGGAAGAUUUACACGUUUAUAUUAAAUUCUCUUCGCCUAGGGUGGGAACAACCAGGAGAGAAGUAUGCACAAGCUUGCUGGAUGGGGCUUGUUGCACUUCCAGAAUUUGAGGAGACGGUGGCUGGAGAUUGCAUUGAUGAUGGAUUUUUGGAGGAGCUCUGCGCGAGGUUCCAAGCCGGUGUGCCGGACGAGCGAGCUUUUCUACGUGACACCCUCCACUGGGCUUACGCGAGCUUCCCGCAAAAGCGCAGGUUCCUUCGCAGAAAAAUCGGUGCCUUGCUAGCAUACUUCGUGAGAACGCCAAGCGGCAAGUUUCAUAUCGCAGAAGUACUCCAGUGCCUCCGGCUGAUCAUCAAGGGGUUCCCCAGCCUGAGCAAGGUGCACCGAUCCCUCCUCACGGAAGUCCUCCUUCCUCUCCAUGAGCCCAAUCAGAUGGCAGUGUGGAGCAUUCAGCAACCUCUUAUCGAGAGCUACCACGAAGAUCUCGUGGGUUGCCUGGUGUCUUUUCUGGAGCUGCAGCCGGAUAUGGUGGAAAUUGUUUUCCAAGCUAUCGCUACGGCCUGGCCUCAAGGCUUCAACAGCAACACUCCAAAGGAAGUGCUGCUGCUGCACGAGGUGGGAACUUUGGUCAGGUUUGUUUCACCAGAGGCAAGCAGCGCGGUGCUGGAUAUUAUCAUGCCGAAGAUCCUGGCGUGCCUCCGAGUCGAGAACAGCAGAGUGGUUGAACGGGCGCUUUAUCUCUUCAAGGACGAACAUCUGUUGGACGUGUUGGCUGCGAAUACGAGCACAACAUUUCUACCGCUGCUAUCUGCACUGCUGAGGGGUGGGGAGCCUUUCUGGAACCCAACUGUCAAUAAGAUGACAGCCCGAGUGCUGGAGUCCCUGGAGGACAAGGAUAGCACCGCGUUUGCUGCAGCAUGCGAAUCUCUGUGGGGCCAGGAGCCACGUCGCGUGUCCGACGCCGAAAAAAAUGCGACCCCGACACCACGAAGAGAGGUGCCUUCUCGACCCCAGUCCAGCGGCAGUGGUCUCCUGCCUCCCACCACCCUGAAGGGUGCGAUGGGAAGCUGGCGGCCUUCAGUGAGUGGUACCGGGCGCGGUUCGGACACACGAACACCCCCUGCCGCCGUCACCGGGGUCGCGCCGUGGGCCUUCAAAUCGCCCAAGCCACCGACUCGAUUGGGAGGGAUAGACCGCCUGCAGACGACGGCGGAUGGCGUACAACGGAUCAAACCGCCGGUUCAAUCGCUGAAAAGACUGCGGCUGGGCGUUCCGGAGGGUGAGGGGCAUUCCCGUGAAGGCGACGGCUCUAGACAUGGAGCACCACAGUUUGCACAAGCUUCUGCAGAUCCCAACUCGGCGUCUCAACGCACGAAUGGGUCUUCAUCGGCGACGUCAGCCUCACUUGAAUGUCAAGGCGGUGCGAAAGCGCAGAUCAAGAGAGUUCCUCCAGUCGCCAACAGCGGCGGUGAGGACCCCGUAGACGCUGCUGCCGCAGUGAAACAACAGGGACCGGGACUCAGGAGAGUACGAGAAUUCAUUCUGAAGAUCACACCAAACACAACGGAGGAAUCAUCAGGUCCCUCGUGGCAAGAGCUGCAAUUAGAACCAACACCCACACUUCUCCCAGAGUUGAGGUUUCACGAUCUGGUCUUCGGGCAUGAGCUUGGCUCGGGAAGUUUCAGUGUUGUGAAAUACGCCCGACAUAUCACCAAAGGAAGAUCCCGAAGCCAGUGGCCAGAGUUUGCUGUGAAGAUUAUCAGCACGACGAAGAUCCAGGUGGAGCUGAACUACGAAAAAAGCGUCACGAACGAGAUUGCGUGUUUGCGCAUGUUCAGCCACCCAGGCAUCGCGCGGCUUGUAUCAGCUUUUCGCUGGAGAGACGGUGCAUAUCUGGUGCUUGAAUAUGCCUCGAGAGGGGAUCUUCAUAGCCAUAUCAAGGAGCACGGCUCUCUCUCUGAAGCCUCGGCGAGGUUCGUCGUUGGAGAGGUGGUGGCAGCCUUGUGCAGUAUCCACGACAACGGGUUUGUGUUUGGAGAUCUAAAACCGGAAAAUAUCCUCAUCACCGAGAGUGGUCACAUCAAGGUUGCUGACUUUGGUGCCUGCCGCCCGGUCUCGGAGGCUGCGAAGAGCUCUCUCAACAGUAGCCGCGAUGCCCUGCGCACGCUGAGGGAUGGAGACUGGAGGGUGAAGGCGGGGCUACCACCCAACCCUUUGUACACGAUUGGGUUUGGGCGCAAAGACGGUGAUACCGACAGCGACAGCGACGUCGCAGAGCAGGACGGCGAAGGCGCGAGUGCGGGAGAGGAAGGAGAGUCCAGGGCGGAAGGAACUGCAGCGUAUAUGCCUCCAGAGGUUGCUCGUGGAAGCUCCCCUGGUUUCGGGGCUGAUGCCUGGGCUUUGGGCUGCGUGACGUUCUUGUGUCUGUCCGGUCGCCCUCCUAUUUUUGCGGAAACAGACGAAAAAAUUAUGGCUCGGAUAGUACGGUUUUCGUCCGGGGACGCCGGUGGAAGCGCAGGGGGAGGCAGCGAUCAUCCGGUUCUUCCUCCCGCUGUCUCCGAAUCUCCACGAUUGUUCGUCCGCGCGCUCAUGGAGCCCGACCCGAAGAUUCGACUUGGAGUUGAGCAUGCAGCGAAGCACGAGUUUCUUGCUAAAGGGGGGACAGACGUGUUUUUGCUUCAUCGCCAAAAACCUGUGGAGCUCGCCCAGGGUGCUGUUGCGCCCAAUCCGCAUGCAGCAUGGUCGCGCAGACAAAACUCCAUGAUUUGGGCGCCAAUGCCUCAGGAGUACAGGUUCGAUGCUGUUCCAAAGGAGCUGGCCAUCAUCGUAGAAACGGAGGUGGAACGCGGAGGAGCGUUCGGUCGGCAGUUCAGUGGUAUUCGGGAGCCCCCGUUGCCGGUGCUUGAAAGAGAGAUCCGUGAAAUGUAGCCCGAAUUGGCCUCGUGUUCCUUCUGUUUUUCGGUCGGCCUACAUGGAAGCUCGGAUUGAUUGCCUUGGAUCUUGCGC